AAUGUAGCAAUUUAGAGGAGGCGCGUGCUGGAAAUCCCACAAUCAGCAAAGAGCUAAGCAGAAGCGCGCGGUCCCGCGUGUAGCUCAACGCAGACGGAGAUUGAACGCGAUUUCAACAGUUUUAAAGACGAACGAAUACCGUGCAUGGUCCGACUGUUAAAGAGCGUCUUACGGAUAACGGAGACCAUGUGAAAGCGUCUUCGUGCAGGAACAAGUGAAAGUUUAGACUGUGUUGUUUGUGGUCCAACCCUUGAACAGAAGAGGCAAUGUCUCAGCACCAGAAAGCUUACGUCAAUGCCUUUGGAUCCAGUCAGUAGAGCUGCACUGACAUUUUUGGGUCUUCGUGCUGCAUUUAGUCACUAUAGUGGAUGGCAGGCUCUGAGUGAGGAAUGUCUACGGAGGAGAAGACUGAAGCUCCCAUGUAUGUGUAUGAGUCGACAGUGCAUUGUGCCAACAUCCUCCUGUGCCUAAAUGAACAGAGGAAGCAGGACGUUUUGUGUGAUGUGACGGUGCUGGUGGAGGGGAAGGAGAUCCGUGCCCACAAGGCAGUGCUUGCGGCCAGCAGCCAGUAUUUCUCACUGCUGCUCAGGGGUCAGACUGAACAUGAGCCUGUCAUAAGUCUGCCGCAGAAGAUCACUGAGAGAGGCUUUGGCCCGCUCCUGCAGUUCGCUUACACAGCCAAGCUGUUACUAAACAGGGAAAACAUCCAGGAUGUCAUGUGUUGUGCAGAAUUCCUAGGCAUGCACAACCUAGAAGACUCUUGCUUCCUCUUCCUACAGGACCAGAUGAAAAGUGAGGUUGACAACACACACACCAGGCAAAACCCUCCAUCACCUCAACUUUUGAACCAUCAUGGGUCAAAGGGUAUAAACAUGCCACAGGACGAUUCUAAAUCGCCUCACCCCUGUGACCUCAGCCUGUCAAAAAAUGGGGAGGAAUUACAAGCAAGCGGCGACCUGUCAGACCAACCUCAUUAUCCCAAAUAUAGAAAGUAUCAGCACAACAUGAACACCUCCUCAUACAGCAGUACCUCAAACUUGGGCCCGGAUCUCUCCAAAGUGAAAGAAGAACCAACCAGUGGAGAGGAUUUUGAGCCACUGGACGUGUCUGAGGUUGAGCAGGAUGGUUUGGUUAAGGGUAGGGGGACUGAGAUGGACAUCGAGAUGGACAUGGAAAUGGAAUUAGAUGAUCGAAUGCUUAGUUCAACACCCGAUGAACUUCCAGUUAGCAAAUGUUUACCAGUGUGCCUGCGCUCCUUUGUAAAUAAGGAAGUCGCUUCGGAUCAGUGUCUUAUCGCUGAUCUGCAGCGUGCCAACAAGACAUCUCAUGUUACUCAAGGUGAAUUUCAAAAGGACUGUCAGGCUUUCAUUGGGCAACUUGCCAUGGAUUCCUCAAAGAGGGCCGAGAAGUUAACCGAUAACGUGUCCAAGUCACUUUCCUUUGAGAGCGACCGAAGAAGUGUCAUUUUUUCUUCUCGCACCCCCAACCAUCUUUCUGCACCGGCACAUUCCUACCCUCGUGAAAGUUAUCUUUGUCAGGAUACCUGCGAAGACCCAUGGUCGGGUUCAAGCCAGUCAUUUCCCUGUUCCCAAACGUUGUCCCCCACUUCUGGCUCUCAGGAGCCUCCAAUGUCCUACCGCCGACGCCUAAAGAGCAGCUGUCCGGUGCCCAUUAAAAUGUGUCCCCGCUCCUCUCGUACCGAGAGCCACAUCAGGACCUCCAGCUCUUGUUCUUCCUAUUCGUAUGCUGAGGAUGGCAGUGGUGGUUCUCCUUCCAGCCUGCCCCAGUUUGAGCUCUCUACCUCUCCCUGUUCCACCAUGGAGCGGUGCCUGACACUCGAACACAGGGAGCACAGCAUGUCCGGGCCACCGAAGAUCAAGUGCGAGAAAUUGUAUGACACUAAUUCUAGUGACGAGUCCGGAUCGUUCUCUGACGGAGAUAGCGAAUCAGGUCCGAGCAAAGAGCGCAGAGAAGAGGUGAAACUGCCUUUUUCGGUAGACCAGAUCACAGAGCUUCCACGGAACGACUUUCAGCUGAUGAUAAAGAUGCACAAACUGACCUCAGAUCAGCUAGAAUUCAUUCACGAGAUGAGACGGCGCAGUAAAAACCGCAUCGCGGCUCAGCGCUGCCGGAAGAGAAAGCUGGACUGCAUCCAGAACCUCGAGCAUGAAAUACAUAAACUGGUGUGCGAGAGACAGAAGCUCCUAACAGAACGACACCAUCUGAAGGUCUGUAUGGGAGAACUCUGGGAAAACUUUUCCUUUUUAUCUCAAGAGGUCUGCAGAGAGGAACAGCAGAGUCCAGGUCAGACACAAACUCUGUAUCAACUGCACCCUGAUUAUUCCAGUUCAGUCAGUACAGACCAUAGUGUCUCUCCCAGUCCCAUCAGUAUAGACCUCACUCUCACCUCCCGUAGCACUUUGGUGACAUCACCAGGGUUAACUGACUGUCAGGCCACAGCUGGGUCACCACACCCACAUGUACGAGCACACGGAGAGGCUGUGACUUGCCAGGACGCCGUCACCUCUAUGAGGUCAGAGCCGUCGCUUCAGACGAGCGGUUUGAACGUAACCAGCGAUUUCUGCCAGGAAAUGACUGAGAAGUGCACCACAGAAGAGCCCAAAAAAUGCUGAGUCUAGUGACCUGGAUUUUUAUUAAACAAGAAUAUUGGUUCAGUCUUUUUUAAAUGUCACACUUUUUUACAGAUGUUACAUUUAGUUUGUUGGUACUCUAUAUGGUCAAGUUGUGUCUCAUUUUUAUUGUUUGCACGUGUGGAUGUUGUCAUAUGUGACUCUGGGCCACAAAACCGGUCAUAAGGGUUUUUUUGAAAUGUACAUUUAUACAUCAUCUGAAAGCCGAUUAAAAAGCUUUCCAUUGACGUGUGGUUUGUUGGGAUUAGGGCGGUCACGGUUAUGAAAUUUGGUUGACGGUUAAUUGCCUAAUAAAUUAUGAAGAUUAAUCUGUUUUUUUUUUUUUUGCUUUGACAUUUAAUUCUCAUACAUUUUUUUUUGUUUGUUCAUGAAAUAAUUUUCACACCUUGUGAUUAUUUAAAUGAAAUCUUUUGCAAGGUUCACCUGGAAAGUAAAUAUUAAUUCACAUAUCACAUAUUUAUGAAAAUAUCUUUCAAAAACGGAAAAUUCUUCAUAAGAAAUAAACACAAAAAAGUGUCUAAGAAUUCAUUAAAAUAAAAAUGCAAUAAAAAACUGACUAUACCAGAACAGGCCUUAAAUAGUAGCCAAUCCUACUAAGGUUGUCUUAGUUCUUCUGGACCACAUGUCUGUAAUGGCUGCAAAAAAAUCAAUUCCUUGUGAAUAGCAUCAUUCACUUCCCUAAAUUAGGAAUUGCUGAUUUGGAAAUGUACGUUUUACCUGGCAGUUCAUACUGCUUAUCAAAGUUUUGCAGCAUUACUUUAAAUGCUGUUUUUUUCCACUGUAUUAAAUGGCUUUGCAAUGUAUCGCGUUACACUGUAAGUUAAGGCGCGCCAUCUGAUACGGUCUCAUUUAUACAGGCAGUGCAGCUCCCCCUUGUGUUUUUUAGAGAGAUGUGCAAUCAUUGUGGUGAUUGGAAAUCAUCACGAUGAGGUUAAACAAUGGCGAUGAGAUGAUUAUUUAAUCAUUGUGACAGCCCUAAUUGCGAUAGGACUGAGAUAUUUGGCCAAGAUACCACUAUGUAAAAAUCUGGAAGCUGAGGGUGCAAACAAAUCAAAAUAUUGGGAAAAUUGCCUUUAAACUUGUCCAAAUGAAGUCCUUAGCAAUUGCAUCCACUCACAUAAAAAAGGUUUUUAUACAUUUACGUUAGGACAUUUACAAAAUAUCUUAAUAGAACAUGAUCUUCACAUAAUAUACUGAUUUUUGGUAUAAAAGAAAAAUCAUUUUGACGCAUAAAAUGUAUAAAAGCUUUUGCUACAAAUAUAUACUACUUAAGGCUACUUUUGUGGUUCAGUGACACAGAUAUUUUAUCAAGUUCUCAAAUUUAUCUCAGGAAAUGCAAUUUUUGUUAUUAUUUUUUGGCAAUUUUAAAGUAUGCAGUAUAUGCAAAUGUGAUAUUGAUGUGUUUAAAAACAGUUUAGACUGCACCAUGUGUUCCAGCAUUCCCAAUGUACAUCAAGAAAAAAACUAUUUAAAUGGCUUGAUUUUUAAUUACAUUUUUUGUCUGAGUUUGUCAGCAAAGAAAAACUAACUGAUGUGAAUAUGAAAUCUUCUAUUAAAUCAGAUUUGAUUUGACUCCACCUCAAUUCAUAUUUAGCUGCAUAUCCUCUUAAAUAUUUUGUGAUGAAGCAUCACUCGAUACAGAAGCAAUUUUUUAAAGAUUUUUUUAAAGCUCAGUUUUCUAGACUGUUAAAAUGAUUGAUCAACGACAUCUGUUGUAUUUACAGAUCUCCUUGUUCACUUUGAUAAAUUCAAUCAUUCUGACUUGGUACAUUUUGGCAGCUCUAUAGGGUCUUGUGCACAUGUUUUGAACAUUUUACUGUUGUCAGAUACUGUAUCAAAGCCAAUGAAUGGGUAACAAUUUACAAUAAGGUUGUAUUUGUUAACAUUGGUUAUUGCAUUAGCUAACAUGGACCAAACACCAACAUCAAUUAUUUAAUAGGUUUCUCUUUAUAAUAAGGGUCCAUGAAUCAUUAACUAUUUAAACAUGAACUAAUGCUGAGUUAAGGCAUGUACUAAUCAUAAUCUAAUGAAUAGUCAUCAUUAACUACAACUUGCCUCAUGACUCAACACAUGAAUUCAUUGGAAAUUAAUACAUAAAACAAGAAGUAAUGCUGAGUUAAGGCAUAUACUAAUCAUAAACUAAUGAAGAGUCAUCAUUACUUAACAUGAUUAAUUGUUGUUAAUGUAUUAAUUUACAAUGAAUUCAUGUGUUGAGUCAUGAGUCAAGUUGUAGUUAAUUGUAGUAGGAGCAUUAGUUCAUGUUUAAGAAUUAAU